AUGCAAGAAGAGCUAAAUCAGUUUAUAAGAAAUGAUGUUUGGUACCUUGUUCCUAGACUAGCCGAAAAAAAUGUUAUAGAUGUCAAAACUGCUUUCUUGAAAGACAUCUUGAAUGAAGAAGUCUAUGUUAAGCAACCAAAAGGCUUUGAAGAUCCACUUCAUCCCAAUGAUGUGUUUCGAUUGAAAAAGGCACUCUAUGGGUUGAAACAAGCCCCUAGAGCAUGGUAUGAGAGGUUAUCCUCUCAUCUUCUAGGAAAUGGAUAUGUUAGAGAGUCUGUUGACAAAACCUUGUUUGUCAAAUUUUAUUCAUGUCAUGACUAUUGA